UCGCACUCGCUGCAUAUCAGAGGCUCCGCGCGGCGCGCUCCUCCUCGCUCCCGCUCCCCACUCCCGAGAUGUGUCUCCGCUGUACGACGGGCUAUGGCCACCACGACUUCCGGGUUCCGUCAUUUCGUUCUCCCGCCGCCGACCCGCGCCGCCAAACUGAGGCUCUUCUAUAAGCCAGGCAGCAGCCAACCUGCCAACACCUACUGACACUCACUCAUCUCCCAGAGAGAGAAAGAGAGCGAGAGAGAGCGAGCGCGAGAGAGCGAGCGCGAGUGAGAGCGAGCGAGCGAGAAAGAGAGAGAGGGAGAGACAAAAUACCUACCAGGAAAGGGGGGGGGAGGAAGUCCAAUUUUUGCAAACUAUUCUUUUUUUCUUGAUUUUCCCCCCCUGUUUUCUUUGAACGAUACUUGAAAGAGAGAGGAUCAUAUUAUAGAUAUCGCGGGGGCAAAGCUAAAAGAGGGGGGGUGGGGGGAGGAAAAAUUCAAGAAGCAGAAACCCCUCGCGGAGUUUUACUGGAAGAAAAAAAAACGGGUCUGAAAGAUUCCUCCUCUUCAUCAUCAUCAACCAUCAUUCAUUCACUACCUUGACAUUCCGGGCUCUGAUUGACAGCUGGAGUGGCAAAAAGCCAUGAAACACGACAGUUCGGUUACAUGUGGGCUGCUGACGGGCCGCUCGUAACCUUCAGUUCGGGGGCUUGACAAUUUUUUUUUCUUCUUUUUCUUCUUUUUCUUUUUCUUUUUUUUUUUUUUUCAACUGAGGGGAAGAGAAGAGAAAGAGGGGGAAAGGAGGACCGAAGAGAAGGAGGAGGGGAGGGGGGAGGAGGAGGAGGAGGUGGAGGAGGAGGAAGAUCAGGAGGAGGAGAAAGAAGAGGAAAAAAGAGAAAAAGAAGAAAUAUCACAGGAAAAAAAAAACUUCGUUGUCUUGCCUGGGCUUUUUUUUGUUGUUGUUUUUGUUAUUGUUGUUUUUUGUUUUUUCCUUCCCUAAAAAUAACAUAUUGGAGAAUUGGGAGAAGUCUCCUUGGUUUGGACUUAAAAAAAAAAAAAAAACAGGAAUCUUCAGCCUAGAUCACUUUCUUAUCCGGACUGGGAUAUUAAAUAUACGACACAUCCAGGAGUUUAUUGGAGCGCAGACUGAUGGCGCAAAGGUACGAUGAGCUGCCCCAUUACGGCGGGAUGGACGGAGUAGGGGUGCCUGCUUCCAUGUACGGAGACCCUCACGCGCCGCGGCCGAUCCCCCCGGUUCACCAUCUGAACCACGGGCCGCCGCUCCACGCCACGCAGCACUACGGAGCGCACGCCCCGCACCCCAAUGUCAUGCCGGCGAGCAUGGGAUCCGCUGUCAACGACGCCUUGAAGCGGGACAAGGACGCGAUCUAUGGGCACCCGUUGUUUCCUCUGUUAGCUCUGGUCUUUGAGAAGUGCGAGCUGGCGACCUGCACUCCCCGGGAACCCGGAGUGGCCGGCGGAGACGUCUGCUCCUCCGACUCCUUCAACGAGGACAUCGCAGUUUUCGCCAAGCAGGUUCGCGCCGAAAAGCCACUUUUUUCCUCAAAUCCAGAGCUAGACAAUUUGAUGAUACAAGCAAUACAAGUAUUAAGGUUUCAUCUUUUGGAGUUAGAAAAGGUCCACGAACUGUGCGAUAACUUCUGCCACCGGUACAUUAGCUGUUUGAAGGGGAAGAUGCCCAUCGACCUUGUCAUUGAUGAAAGAGACGGCAGCUCCAAGUCAGAUCACGAAGAACUUUCAGGCUCCUCCACAAAUCUCGCUGACCAUAAUCCGGCAUCUUGGCGAGAUCACGAUGACGCAACCUCCACCCACUCGGCAGGCACCCCCGGGCCCUCCAGUGGGGGUCAUGCAUCCCAGAGUGGAGACAACAGCAGUGAGCAAGGGGAUGGUUUAGACAACAGUGUAGCGUCACCUGGCACAGGUGAUGAUGAUGACCCCGACAAGGACAAAAAACGCCAGAAGAAAAGAGGCAUUUUCCCCAAAGUAGCAACAAACAUCAUGAGAGCGUGGCUCUUCCAGCAUCUCACACAUCCGUACCCUUCCGAAGAGCAGAAGAAACAGUUAGCGCAAGACACAGGACUUACAAUUCUCCAAGUAAACAACUGGUUUAUUAAUGCCAGAAGAAGAAUAGUACAGCCCAUGAUUGACCAGUCAAAUCGAGCAGGUUUUCUUCUUGAUCCUUCAGUGAGCCAAGGAGCAGCGUAUAGUCCAGAAGGUCAGCCCAUGGGAAGCUUUGUGCUGGAUGGUCAACAACACAUGGGAAUCCGGCCUGCAGGACCUAUGAGUGGAAUGGGCAUGAAUAUGGGCAUGGAUGGGCAAUGGCACUACAUGUAACCUUCACCAUGUAAAGCAAUCGCAAAGCCAGGGGGAAGUUUGCAGAGCAUGCCAGGGGACUACGUUUCUCAGGGUGGUCCUAUGGGAAUGAGUAUGGCACAGCCAAGUUACACUCCUCCCCAGAUGACCCCACACCCUACUCAAUUAAGACAUGGACCCCCAAUGCAUUCAUAUUUGCCAAGCCAUCCCCACCACCCAGCCAUGAUGAUGCACGGAGGACCCCCUACCCACCCUGGAAUGACUAUGUCAGCACAGAGUCCCACAAUGUUAAAUUCUGUAGAUCCCAAUGUUGGCGGACAGGUUAUGGACAUUCAUGCCCAGUAAUAUAAAUACGGGAACUCAAGGGAAAAGGAAACACACGCAAAAACUAUUUUAAGACUUUCUGAACUUUGACCAGAUGUUGACACUUAAUAUGAAAUUCCAGACAGCUGUGAUUAUUUUUUACUUUUGUCAUUUUUCAUCAAGCAACAGAGGACCAAUGAGACAAGAACACAAAUGUGAAAUCAUGGGCUCACUGAGACAAUUCUGUCCAUGUAAAGAUCCUCUGGAAAAAGACUCCGAGAGUUAUAACUACUGUAGUAUAAACAUAGGAACUAAGUUAAACUUGUACAUUUCUGUUGAUCACUCCGUUAUGUUGCCUCAAAUAGUUUUAGAAGAGAAAAAAAAUAUAUCCUUGUUUUCCACACUAUGUGUGUUGUUCCCAAAAGAAUGACUGUUUUGGUUCAUCAGUGAAUUCACAAUCCAAGAGAGACUGUGGUAUAUUUUAAACCUGUUGGGCCAAUGAGAAAAGAACCACGCUGGAGACCACGGUGAACUUGUGGCUGAACCUCACUCAACCCUUGGACUCCAGCUUCAAGAAUGCGUUUCCAUGCUCGGCCUUUGUUCCUCCAUAAAUGUGUCCUUUAGUUUCAAACAGAUCUUUAUAGUUUGUGCUUCAUAAGCCAAUUCUUAUUAUUUUGGGGGACUCUUCUUCAAAGAGCUUGCCAAUGAAGAUUUAAAGACAGAGCAGGAGCUUCUUCCAGGAGUUCUAAGCCUUGGCUGUGGACAAACAAUCUUCAGUUGGGCAGCCCUCCUCAACACAAAAAAAGUGAUUAAUGGUCAUAGCACCACAACUAGGACUUGAUCUGAAACUCAAAGCUUGGGGGAUAAAAAAAAAAAAAGGAGCAAGAGAAUACUGUAACAAACUUCGUACAGAGUUCGGUCUAUUAAUUGUUUCAUGUUAGAUAUUCUAUGUGUUUACCUCAAUUGAAAAAAAAGAAUGUUUUUGCUAGUAUCAGAUCUGCUGUGGAAUUGGUAUUGUAUGUCCAUGAAUUCUUUUCUCAGCACGUGUUCCUCACUAGAAGAAAAUGCUGUUACCUUUAAGCUUUGUCAAAAUUUACAUUAAAAUACUUGUAUGAGGACUGUGACGUUAUGUUAAAAAAGGUGUUAAGUCACAAAAUGCGGUAAUAAAUAUUUCAUUUUUGAUUUUUUGUUAGGCUUUUGUGUUUUUAAUAGUUUUAAGGUAAGGUUGCACAAUCCCUACUGUAUACAGUGUUCAAAUUAGGUGAUGGUUUUAUCCCCAGAAGUUGAGUAUAUUUGAAAUUUAACUUACCAACGAUUUUUAAGGUAACCAUCUGUAGCUUAUGUAUAGUUGGCCUAAAAACUCUCCCAGCAGAAAACUUCUAAAGGUAUGAAAUUUGGUGUGUGUGUAGUGUGUGUAGUGUGUGUGUGUGUCAGGUUGAAAGAUCCACCUUCAAUGUGCCCAAACCUCCUUUUUAGGUGCAUGAUGUUAAAAAAAAGUACUUUUAGAUAAAGUUUUGCAUGUUCAUCCUCUGCCAGAAUAAAGGGCUUUUGCAGGGUUAAUUUUGCAUCAUAAGAAAUAACUAACGUCUGUGCUCAAAGAUAAUUCAUCUGCCUGUGUUUUUUCUGUCUUACUAAAAUACUGUUGAAUAUGUAAAUUAAAAUUUACAUAUAGAUGUUCAUAGAUGAGUAAACUUCUAUGGAAUUUGAAAUCCUUAGUUGAAAAGAUUACUUAAUCAUUAAUAUUUAAUAUAAAUUAUAUUAUGAUGUCUUUUUUUAUUUCAGACACCUCCAUAUGCAGGCAUACUAUUGUGGUGAUUUGGUGACUAAACAAUUUUUUUUUCUAAAACAACAACAAAACAAGCACUCUAAUGCCAUUUUCAAAAUCUCAUGCAACAUUCCUAGAAACCCUUGUCUUAGCUUACUGAUAAUGCACACACAAUGCCUGCCAACGUGUGCAGUGAAUAAAAGUGUGAGAUAUUUUCAUGCCUCCCCAAUUUUUCAAAAAAAUAUACCAUCCUGGAAUUUUGUAACACCUAAAUUUUGAAUCCUAUGUUUAAAAGGGAUAAUACAGACUUGACCUAGUUGUGUGAUGUCAGCUUGAGAGGGAAAUAGUUCACUAUCUCAGAAAUACAAGUUUGUAUCUUAUUCGGGGUUCUUCCAUCUUCCCAUUGCAGAAGACAUUAAUAGAAGUUGUAUAAUAAGGAACAAGGAAAUAAACUUCUAUUGUUUUGUAUUAUUUUUAGUUAGGUAGAAUUUUUAUAAAUAAUGUUUAUCACUUUAAUGUGGUGCUGCUUAAACAUAGAAAUAACACUUAUGGUUCAAACUAUUAAUGGAGAAAUUCUGCACCACUUGGAAAAGAGACAGUCUCCCUCUCAUUUUUGUUAUCCCAUUUCACAUGGAGUUUCUUUGCAAAAUUUAAAUAUUUGUAUAUUUUUACUUUAGAUGCUUUUAAGUAAAUUUUGACAAGUUCUCCAUUUAUAAAUUAACUCUCACAUCAGCUGAACAGUUUUUUGGCAAAGUUUUUCUUCCUUUCCUCUCAGUAACGUAAAUACUGAAGGGUUUACUUGCUAAUUGGCUCAUGUUUAGGAAGUGUUUAAUGCAAUUAUUAUUAAUCUAUUUCCUCAAAUUUUGAUCUCAGAGCUCUCUAGCCUUGGUUUAAAUGAAUAAAAUAACCUCAGGGUUCGUUUCUCAACAAACCCACAUCCUAUCUUGUUAACCUUUAACCCUCUUAAAUAUUUGGAGAUGAAUAAUAAUUGUAAUAAUAUUUGUUUGCAUUUCCUUGCCUCCCUCCCCCAUAAGCCAAGACUGAGAGGUGGUAGAGUUGUCCAAUUUGUAUAAUGCCUUUUUUAUACCACCUCGGAAGGCACUUCCUCCUAUCUCGGGUUUACUAUUUAGUAUAAAGAGUUCCGAUUUGGGUAUAUUUAAGAAAGACUCAGCUGUCAAAAGCAAAGAAACUGGGAAUGGUGUUUUGACAACCAUAUAGUGUUAAAGGAAAUACUGUAGUCUGAAUAAAAUUGCUUAUGUUCUCCAAAA